AUGCGUUUCAGCACAGCUACAUCUCUUUCCGCUCUUCUCGCCCUUGGCGGCGCGUCGGCUUCGGUGCUCCCUCGCGUCCUCGACAGCUACGACCUUGCUCAACCCGUUCUGAUCGAUGAACGAGAGGUGCCUCUGCUGCAAUGUGACGCCGAGCCGAUCCACAUCGGCGAGCUCAAGAUGUUCUCCAACACGGGUCGCGAAGUGUCCGCCGCCUUCGAGGGCAUCCGCAACGCCGACGGCUACCAGCAGCUCGACGUGCAGAAAGCGGGGCAGUCGGCACGCAUCGAGAACUUCGCCUUCACUCCCUGCACCAGCAGCUUUAUGGGCUACCAACCCGAAUCCAACAAAGCCGCCGAGAUGACCUUUGGACGUCUGCAGCCCGCGCACCUCGUUGGCAAACGCUGUGUCUCCGCCGACAAGCUCGCUCACUCCAACGGACGUCUGAUCGCCGCCAAGUGCGAGCCCUCGGACGACUCGGGUCAAUUGGCCCAGUUCUGGAGCUUGACCAAGCAGCCUGCUGCCGAGGUGGACAAGUUUGUCUACUACGUCAACUUCCUCGGCCAGCCCGCUGGUGAUAGCGCAGACUUCCCAGGCACCUACACGCUCAGCCAGGCCACCGUCGGCGCCAACAAGCUUGUGCGUCUGCAGCACAGCAAGGAAGAAGGAAAGCACAGCGCUUACUUCCUCAAGCUCGCCUAG